UGAUGAAGGCCAUUCGGAUCAUGAUUAUCAGAAAAACCCCACACUACAGUGCAUGGACAAAGUCGAGGCCAAAGAAAGGAUAAAGAAACGACGUCACCGCAUCAAGUUGACCAAACGUGUUGGUCUAAUGAUAUUUUGGUUAUUUUUCGGCAAUUGUUUUUAUGGUUUUCGAAGAGAAACAUUUGCUUGAGAAGACCUUAGAAGUGCCCGCCAACAGGGAGAAGAACUUCCUGUUACUUAACAAACCCACCGGAGAUUUUAAACUGACCAUUGCAGGACAUUUCAAUGAAUCAAUUUACAAUUCAAAUGAAACCGAAAAUAUUUUAACAAUCCAACCGCAGAUAUCGGUAUUUUGACAAUGAAACGAAUUUGAGUGAUUUUAAGGACAUAUUACACCCAUGGUUUAUACCAUUGGUGAACGAAGACUUGUUCGAUUAUGCGCCAGUGGUUUCACGUAAUUUGACCUUUAAAUUACCUGAUGAUUUGCUGGAUGAAAUUGGAGAGGACGAUACCCAGGUACGCCUGCAGAUGACUACCAAUAUUGAAACGGAUAUAGCCAUCAAAAUGACAUACAAUCCUUUGAUAAUAAACGUCAAGACGGGAACAUUGCUGGCUGCCGCCAUACUUUUGCUGUUCUAUUCGUUGCUGGUGUGGGAGGUCUUUGAACGCACCUUUGUGGCCAUUGUAUGUUCGACGUUGUCGAUAGCUGUGUUGGCCUGUUUCAAUGAUCGCCCCAACAUGGAAGAAAUUGUCAAAUACAUGGACAUGGAAUUGCUGACGCUGCUCUUCUGCAUGAUGAUUUUAGUUGGCAUCCUAACGGAGACGGGAGUUUUCGAUUACAUUGCAGUGGUGGCAUUUGAGGUGUCCCAAGGCAAAGUGUGGCCCAUGAUUUAUAGCCUGUGUCUGAUGACAUGUUUUGUUUCGAGUUUUUUGGACAACAUGACAACGGUGAUUCUAUUGACCCCCGUUGCCAUACGUCUGUGUGAAGUAAUGAGUUUGGAUCCGGUGCCAGUGUUAUUGGGUAUUAUUGUCCAUGCCAAUAUUGGUGGGUCAUUGACACCCAUUGGAGAUCCAAUUAGUAUCAUUAUAUGCUCGAAUAAUUUUAUUGCCUCAAAUGGUGUAACCUUUAUGAAAUUUGUUGGUCACACCAUACCCGGUGUCAUCUUAACCGUCCUUCAAAGUUGCAUUUAUCUACGUUUGAUAUUCCGCAACAUCGAUUCGUUGCGUUUGAAUGAACCGAAGGAAAUAAAAGACUUGCGUCGUGAAAUUCGUGUCUGGCAUAAGGCAGCCAAAUCGAUAUCUUCCUUUUCCAAGGAUGCUGAUGUGGUAAGGGAAACUUUGCUCAAGAAAGUUCGUAUUUUGAAACAUCAGCUAAAGAGGAAAUUGAAUGGUUUGGACACAACCGAAGCCUAUGUCCACACGUUGGAAGAUUUGAAAGUUAAGUAUCCCAUUAAAAAUAAACUUUUACUGGCUCAGGCGUGCUGCGCCCUGGUUUUCGUCAUUAUAUGUUUCUUCAUUCAAUCUGUGCCACAGUGGCGCACCCUACCCCUGGGCUGGGUGGCUCUACUGGGUGUAAUUGCUCUUCUGAUUAUACUCAAUCGAGAGGACAUGGAACAUUUAAUGCAUCGCAUCGAGUGGACAACGUUGCUCUUCUUUGCCGCCAUGUUUGUAAUGAUGGAAUGUGUUGAGCGGUUGGGACUUUUCGCUUGGAUUGGCGAAGUUACCGAGCAUGUCAUUUUGUAUGUGGACAAAAAGAAUCGUCUGGCCAUGGCCAUAUUUAUCAUUUUAUGGAUGUCCGCAUUGGCAUCGGCAAUUUUGGACAGCAUACCGGUAACGGCAAUGAUGGUCAAAGUGGUGGUAUCAUUGGUAGCUAAGGAGACAUUGGGGCUGCCAUUGGAGCCGUUGGUGUGGGCAUUGGCUUUUGGUCCAUGCUUGGGCGGCAAUGGCACUCUCUAUGGAGCUUCAGCCAAUGUACUAUCCGCUGGCAUUGCCGAGCAACAUGGCUAUAAAAUUUCAUUUACCAGAUACUUGAAAAUUGUUUUCCCCAUGAUGUUGGGUCAAAUUUCAAUUAUCACCGGUUAUUUAUUUGUCUCCCAUAUCUUAUUCGAGUGGCACUAAAAAGAAGACUCCCUCCCCAACGAUUCCAGGCAUUGCAGCUGGUCUUAGGAAUUUGUGUGAUUUUGAAAUACGAGGAAUGACUUAAUUUUAUUUAUUGUGAAUUGUAUUUACAACGUAUGAAAGAAAGAGAGAACGGAAAACGAGAAGAAGACAAAAAAUCAAAUGAAUUUAUUCGUAUAGUAUAAUGUUUAUAUUAUUCAAUGUGUUGUUUAUUAUUAUUAAUAUUAUUAAAUUUACUCUAAAUGUGUAAUA